GCGAGGCAGUUUUAACUCGGGCCAGGUGGCGCCCGAGCACCCAGAAGAGCUGGCGCCCAGAGGCCCGAACAAAGCUGUGGGCGGCAACGUCGCCCACCCUGUGAAGGUCACCUAGGAGACCAGGUCGGCCCCACCCACCGCGUCUGGCAACCUAGACCAGCCAGGGCAGAAAAUGGAAGAGCCUCCUGAAGAGGCUCCCGCAGAAUCCUUGGCACCAGAAAGCACAGCUAAGUCCCCAGAUGACAGCCACACAGAUGGCCAGGAAGACAACUGGCAGAACCAGGAUGAAGAAAAUGUAGAGGACCAGACUGAUCCCAGAACGGCUGAGCAGGCUGCCCAAAGAAUGUCCGGACAGACUGACCGCAAAGGAUCUGAACCCACCGGGCUCCAAGCAUCUGAUCAAAUGGAUCUCAGGGCAUCCGACCACGCUAAUGUUGCUCAGCGUAGUGCAUCUGAUCAGGACGACCCAAGAAUGUAUGAACAGACAGACAGGAGGACAUCUAGACAAUCCAAUCGUGUACAGGUGGAAGAAACUGACAGCCAGAUGUUUCUUCCACGUGAACAAAGAACUUCUGAGCAGUCUGAACGCAGGAGGUCCCACCAGGCUGAAAGCAGAGAUUACAGGCAGAUUGACCGCAGAAUGUCCAGCCAGACUGAGCCAAGAGCUUAUGAGCAGAGUCACCAUAGAUCGUCUGUCUCAUCAGAACAACGAGCCUCUGAACAGAUUGGCCACAGAAUGCCCAGCCAGUCUGACAACAGAACUUUAGAACAGAUCGACAGCCGGUUGUCUGGCCUGGUCCAACGAAGAACUUCUGAAAAGAUUGGUCAUAGACCAUCUAACCAAGCUGACCUCGUACCAUCUCUAAAGACUCACCAAGAUGUGUAUGAGGAAGCUGCUGACCAAGAUGACCGCAGUGCCGAUCACCUUUUCGUUGACAAUGCUGACUACAGCGACGAGAUGGAACACUUAAUGGCUGAAGAGAAUUACUACAAGGACUACCUAGCUAACUAUGGAGCACCUGGCCAGUAUGACGACAGAAUAUUUGCCCAAUUUGGUGACAUUAAGGGGUACAAAGAAGCUGAGCCCAGAAUAGAACCCUGUGAAUUUGAGACCAAAGAAACCACCGGUGACAAUUCCCCAGUUUCAGUUGAGACUGACAAUGAAAGUGAGACCUAUCUGCCAACCUUUGGCUCAUUUGGUGCCAGACUCACCAGUGAUUUGCAAGCAAAAGAUCAAAUCUAUUCCCAGAGAUUCCCCUAUAUCUCACCCAAGUUGGACUAUAUCAUCAGUCAAGAAAAAACUGAAGCUGUAGAAACCAAGCCUGAUGAUGUUCCAGAACACCAAGAAGGAAGGAAAUCUUUUGGAUACAAUCAGACUUAUAGGAGGCAGUUCCCUCCUAUUGUAUAUGAAGAUCCUUAUCAAGUUUCACUACGAUACAUGGAGAAGCACCACAUUCUGCAAAUAUUCCAGCAGAUCACUGAGAACUUAGUCUAUGAAAAGCCAGAGGACCCACUCAGUUUUAUGCUGUGCCAGGUACAGGAAAUGAUAGAAAACAGAGACAAAAGUGAAACCUGCAAAGAAUGAAUUUCUCCUCAGCAUUGUUUACAACCCUCAGUAUCAACACUAUGUUCUGUCUCUCACUCUGAAAAAUGAUUUUUGAAUGGUCAUUGGUAGUGACUCUGCCUAGAUAUGUUCUUAAUUUUUAAGUAAAGAUCUAUAGAGUACUUCAGAAAUUUACAGAUACCUCUGGCUAAUCAUACAAAAUAUAUGCAUGUUAAUCUUAUCCAUGCAUUGGUAUUUAAGACUCAUUCCUCCAAAGCACUGCACAAUAGUCAGUUUACAAAUCUCAAGGAGGAUCAAGAAAAUAAUAUGACCAAUUUAUACAUAGUUCUCAUAAAGCAUACAAAUCUAUCAUAUCUCCAAGCUGUUUAUAAAAUUUUCAACCAGAAAAUAUGUGGAAAAUAAUGUAUAUAUCCCUUUUCCCCCCUCUCUUAAUGGAAAGUGAUUGUUGUAAUCUCUUUUUUCUUGUCUUUUAAUACCUCCAACAUAUUUUUACUGUUUUCUUCUUUAACCCUGCCUGUUAUAUUCUGCCAUUAAUAGAUGGGAUUUAAUCUAAUCCUAGGGAUAGCUUGCCUCUGGUUUUUAACCUAGAGCAAAAUUCAAACAUAUUAUGCUACUAUGUACACACCUGUGUGCAUAGUACCUGUGGGAAAGGCAGAAUCACACUUCCUCAUUACCUUUAUCCCCUGAAGAGUAUCGACAUUAUAUGGACUGUGUAACCAGUGGAACUGGUAUUUAAAAGCAAAAGCCUUAACAUGGUCUGUCUGGUAUGAGAGUAUCUGCCCAGCAAUCAUAACUGACAUGAUCAGCUAAUACUAUUUUUGUAAGCUGAAACUUUUGUUUAAUUUCAAUUGGAAUAUUAAACCAGAUUUUAUUCUUUA